AUGGUGCAAACUACCGCCCAUAACUACGCCCAGGACAAGUUGAUGCCGCGUAUUCUGAUGGCCAAUCGGAAUGAGACCUUUGAUCGCGAAAUUAUGAAUGAGUUUGGCGAAAUGGGAAUGCUGGGGGCUACGCUGCCCGAGAAAUAUGGCUGUUCCAAUGUUAACUAUGUUUGUUAUGGCUUGAUGGCACGUGAAGUGGAACGAGUGGAUUCCGGCUAUCGGUCUGCAAUGAGUGUGCAAUCCUCUCUGGUCAUGCAUCCGAUUCAUGCUUAUGGCAAUGAGGCGCAGCGGGAAAAAUAUCUGCCCAAGCUGGCUACCGGUGAAUGGGUGGGUUGUUUUGGUCUGACUGAGCCUGAUCAUGGCUCCGAUCCCAGCAGCAUGGUGACCAAUGCAAAAGCAGUCGACGGCGGUUAUCUGCUCAAUGGUGCAAAAAUGUGGAUUACUAAUUCACCAAUCGCGGAUCUCGCAGUGGUCUGGGCGAAACUUGAUGGUGAAAUCAGAGGCUUUGUGGUGGAGCGUGAGUUUGAAGGAUUCAGUACACCAAAAAUUGAAGGUAAAUUGAGUCUGCGCGCAUCGAUCACCGGCCAGAUUGUGCUCGAGGAUGUAUUUGUCCCGGAAGAAAAUCUGCUGCCUGAAGGCAGAGGUCUGGGUGGUCCGUUCGGAUGUUUGAACAAAGCACGCUAUGGUAUUGCCUGGGGGGCUAUGGGUGCGGCGGAAUUCUGUAUGCACGCAGCUCGAACGUAUACCCUUGAGCGUAAGCAGUUCAAUCGGCCGUUGGCGGCAACUCAGCUGGUACAGAAAAAACUGGCGGAUAUGCAAACCGAAAUCACGCUGGGUUUACAAAGCGCGCUGCGUAUGGGGCGCAUGCUUGACGAAGGUAAUCUCCCUAUUGAAGUCAUCUCGCUGAUGAAGCGCAAUAACUGUGGUAAGUCUCUGGAAAUAGCUCGCGUUGCACGUGACAUGCAUGGCGGCAACGGUAUUGCUGACGAAUAUCAUGUGAUGCGCCAUCUGAUGAAUCUGGAAACGGUAAACACCUAUGAGGGUACCCACGACAUUCAUGCAUUGAUUCUGGGGCGAGCGUUAACCGGAUUGCAGGUAGUCGGCGAAGCGGCAAGCGGUGAAGAAGCGAUUCAGCUCGCACGCACGUUAUCGCCUGAUAUCGUCCUUAUGGACAUUGUCAUGCCAGGCAUGGGUGGCCUUGAAGCUACCCAGCGAAUAGUAAGACAACAACAACGCACGGCGGUGGUGGCACUGACGGCUCAUGGUGACGCGCCGUUUCCAACGCAGAUGAUGAAGGCAGGGGCCCUGGGUUACCUCACCAAAGGGGUUGAAUUACAGGAGCUGGAAAAAGCACUGCGGCGGGUCUAUGCCGGCAAGCGAUAUGUUUGUAAUGAAGUCGCUCAAGAGCUGGCAAGUUAUGCCUUUGAAGACAAUAUUGAAAGUCCGUUUGCGAUUCUGUCACAUCGGGAAAUGCAGAUAACAAUGAUGGUGGUUGGCUGUCAGAAGGUCAGUCAGAUCUCCGGCAGUCUGCACUUAUCACCCAAAACGGUUAACAGCUAUCGUUACCGUAUCUUCGAGAAACUGAAAAUCUCUUCAGAUGUUGAACUGGUUCUGCUGGCGGUGAAACACGGCAUGGUGGUUGUUCGCUAUCCUGAGUACCAUGCCCGUCCGGUUGGCAACUGGGGAGACAGGCGUUGUCGUGUGCUGGUGGUAGGGCUGGCGCCCGGUCUUCACGGCGCUGCCCGUACCGGUAAAGCAUUUGUGGGUGAUGCCAGUGGGGAGUUUCUUUUCGAGCGCCUGUAUCACAAUGGUUUUGCCACCCACGCCGAUCCGCAACAAGCCAGCUUGAUCAACCUGCGGCUGACCAAUGUGGUUAAGUGUCUGCCGCCGGGUAAUGCUCCGGUUGCCAGUGAGAUUAAUCAAUGUGCUGGUUUUCUGGCUCAGGAGCUGGCAGAACUUCUACGUCCGCAAGCGCGUCAGCCCCGGGUUGUGCUGGCGUUGGGUGGCGUUGCCCAUCGUGCAGUGUGUCGAACGCUGGGGAUACCUGCGGGAAAUUUCCAACACAAUGGUACGGUGCCUCUGGGAAGCCGCCACGCGCUGGUCAGUAGUUUUCAUCCCAGCCGACUCAAUGUGAAUACCGGCCGUUUGACCAAGCCGAUGUUUGAUCAGGUGCUGCAGAAUGUCCGCAGCCUGGUCCGUGAUGAUGUCAUGGCUAGUUUGCAGGCAAAAACCAUGGCGAUGGUGGCUAAAAUCGCACGGAUAGAAGUGACGGUUACCACCAGCGAAACUGAAGCUUUGCUGCUUGAGCAGAGUCUGAUCAAACAGGAUCGACCGCCUUACAAUGUGGUGCUGCGAGACGACAAAUCAUACCCCUACAUCCAUCUGGCAGAGACGCAUGAAUUUGCCCGCCUGACAUUCCAUCGUGGCGCAAAGCGUAAAAAUGGGCGCUAUUUUGGUCCAUUCCCCUCAGCUUAUGCGGUGCGAGACAGUCUCAAUAUUUUGCAGAAACUGUUUCAGUUACGUCAUUGCGAUGACGCCUAUUUCAAGAAUCGCUCGCGCCCUUGUCUGCAACAUCAGAUCAAGCGCUGCAGCGCGCCUUGUGUCGGCUUGAUCUCAAAACAGGAUUAUCAGGAAGAUGUAGAGUUGGCUGUGCUGUUUUUAACCGGCAAAAGUCAGGAUGUGCUGGCGCAGUUCAAACAGAAAAUGGAGCAGGCGGCGGCUGACCUGAAUUAUGAGCGCGCGGCGCGCCUGCGUGACCAGAUUACACACCUGCGAAAGGUUCAGGAGUCUCAAUACGUUCACGGUGAUGCUGGCGAUGUGGAUGUGUUUGCUCUGGCUCAAGCUGCCGGCACUUAUUGUGUGCAGGUCGUGUUUAUCCGCAACGGACGGAUGUUGGGUCAGCGCGCCUACUACCCGAAAAAUGAGUUGCUGCUUGAUGAUGGUGACUUCCUCGAAGCUUUCCUCUCACAGUACUAUCUGGCUUCGCAGAAUCGAGACGUACCAAAGCUGAUUGUGACCUCUCAUCGUGGUGCAGACCGUGCGCUGUUGAGCGAGGCACUGACUGAGCAAUCCAACCGCAAAGUCGAACUUAUCCAGGCGCCACGCGGCCAGCGUGCACGUUGGUUGCAGCUGGCGUUGGAGAAUGCUCAGUUGAGUGUGCAAAGCUAUCUCGCCGAUCGUCGCAAUAUGUUUGCCCGCUUUGUAGAUCUGCAGGAACACCUGCAACUGGACGCCAUGCCGGAACGGCUCGAAUGUUUCGAUAUCAGUCAUACCAUGGGAGAGGCGACCGUAGCCUCCUGUGUUGUUUUUGACACCAAUGGUCCCCUCAAGUCUGAUUACCGGCGAUUUAACAUUGAAGGCAUCACACCGGGUGAUGACUACGCAGCGAUGGAGCAGGCAUUGCAGCGGCGCUAUACGCGCCUGCAGAAGGGCGAAGGUAAGUUACCGGACAUUCUGGUCAUUGAUGGCGGUCCCGGGCAGGUUGGCAAAGCGGUUGCUGUGUUGGAGAAUCUGCAGAUAUCCAAUGUGCAGAUUCUGGGUAUUGCCAAAGGCCCGGAUCGUAAAUCAGGGUUGGAGCGUUAUUUCCUGGAUGGAGAAGAGGUGGGGAUCAAUGGCGCCUCUCCAGGAGCUCAUUUGUUACAGCAUAUCCGUGACGAAGCGCAUCGCUUUGCGAUUACCGGCCAUCGGCAGAGGCGACAGAAAAAUCGCAACCAAUCAGAGUUGGACGGCAUUGAGGGCGUCGGUCCCAAACGUCGUAAAGCCUUAUUAACUCAUUUUGGCAGUAUGCGUGGUCUGAAAGGUGCCAGUAUGGAAGAAAUUGCAAAAGUCCCGGGUAUAAACCGUACACUAGCGGAAAUUGUUUAUGGCACGCUGCAUCAAUGA